AGGUGCUGCCCGGGCCCCUUGGGUCAUCCCGGGGAUGGGGAUCCCCUCGCUGUUUGCCCGGGGCCCGCCCGGGUUUCCCGGGUUGCGGCUGUGCCGGUGCCCCCUCAGGCAUUUCCUUGUGUCCAGCCGAGCCAGCCCAGCUCCCGCAGCUUCUCCUCAUUCCCCACACCCCUGACCCCCAGGCACUUCAGCAGCCCGCGGGAAUUCCCGGUAGGAUCAGGGCCCCAGGUAGUGGGGGAACCUGGGCCUUUAAAGAGAUUUAAACUUGGGCUGGACCAGGCCCUGCACAGCCUAUUGUAAUUUGAGUCAGUUUUGAGUGGGGAGUCGGACCAAGGUUUGCAGGGAUCCCUUCCAGCUUAAGUGAUUCCAUGAUCUUGGCAAAGCGAAUCCUUGUGCUUGAUACAUGGAUCAGAUACAGUCUGUGCAGGGUGUCACAUGGAACUCCUUAUUUUUUUCCGUGAUUCCUGACUUGGGGUCUCGCUUCUGAUUUACAGAAUCACAGGAUAUUCUGAGUUGGAAGGGACCCACAAGGAUCAUCCAGUCCAGCUCUUAAGUGAAUGGCCCAUUCCAGGAUUGAUCCCACAACCUGGGUGUUUUUAGCACCAGGCUCUGACCUGCUGAGCUCAACUCAGGGUUCUGUGGCCGGUGGCCCGAGCCGGGAGCAUGAGCGAGUUCCGCAUCCACCACGACGUGAACGAGCUGCUGAGCCUGCUGCGGGUGCACGGCGGGGAGGGCGCCGAGGUGUACAUCGAGCUGCUGCAGAAGAACCGCACGCCCUAUGUCACCACCAACGUCUCCGCGCACAGCGCCAAGGUGAAAAUAGCGGAGUUUUCUCGAACUCCUGAAGAUUUCUUAAAGAAGUACGAUGAGCUGAAGUCUAAAAACACAAGACAUCUGGAUUCUUUAGUUUAUCUGCUGUCCAAACUCACGGAAGACAAAGAGACACUCCACUACCUGCAACAAAAUGCUAAAGAAAGGGCAGAACUCGCAGCAAACGCAGCCACCAGCAGCAGCACGAAUUUUUCCAUCCCCUCAUCCACUUCCAAGAUGUCUCUGCAGGAGCUGGAGGAGCUGCGCAAGCAGCUGGGCACUGUCACGGCCAACUCCAGUGCACAGCAGCCUCUUGAGCUUACACGAAAAAUCCUUCGGGAUAAGCAGAACAAGAAGAAUUCUGGUCAGCCCAUUCCAGUAUUUCCAUCCUGGGUGUAUGAGAGACCUGCACUUAUUGGGGAUUUCUUAAUUGGCACCAGUCUAAGCACUGACACAACAGUACCAAUAGGCACUUUGCCAUUAGCCUCCCAGGAAUCCAUGAUUGUGGAGGACUUGCUGUACGUUCUGAUUGGUGUGGAUGGAAGGUACAUCACAGCACAGGCCCUCGUGGGCAGGCAGAACCGAGCCUUUUCACUCGACCCAAACCUGGACUUGUCCAUCAAGGAGCUGGUGACCAGGAUUCUUCCUGUGGCAGCAAGUUACUCUGCUGUCACCAGGUUUAUAGAGGAGAAGUCUUCCUUUGAGUAUGGACAGGUCAAUCAUGCUCUGGCUGCGGCCAUGCGGACUCUAAUCAAGGAAUACAUGAUAUUAAUUACCCAGCUGGAGCAUCUUCAGAGGCAGGGCCUUCUGUCACUGCAGAAGCUGUGGUUUUACAUCCAGCCCACAAUGAGGACCCUGGAGAUUCUGGCUUCACUUGCUACUUCUGUGGAUAAGGGUGAGUGUAUGGGAGGAUCAACCCUGAGUUUGCUCCAUGACAAGACUUUCAAUUACACAGGGGACAGCCAGGCCCAGGAGCUGUGCCUGUAUUUAACCAAGGCAGCCAGCGUGCCUUACUUUGAAAUCCUGGAAAAGUGGAUAUAUAGAGGCAUCAUUAAUGAUCCAUACAGUGAGUUCAUGGUGGAGGAGCAUGAGCUGCAGAAGGAGAAGAUUCAAGAGGACUAUAAUGACAAGUACUGGGAUCAGAGAUACACUGUUGUCCAGCAGCAGAUUCCCUCCUUCUUGCAGAAGAUGGCUGACAAAAUCCUAAGCACAGGGAAAUAUUUAAAUGUUGUGCGGGAAUGUGGGCGAGAUGUCACCUGCCCUGUGGCCAAAGAGGUCAUCUACACUUUAAAAGAGAGAGCCUAUGUGGAACAAAUAGAAAAAGCAUAUAACUAUGCCAGCAAAGUUCUUCUGGACUUCCUGAUGGAGGAGAAAGAGCUGGUGGCUCACCUAAGAUCUAUAAAACACUAUUUCCUGAUGGAUCAAGGGGACUUCUUUGUUCACUUCAUGGAUCUGACAGAGGAGGAACUUAAGAAGCCUGUAGAUGACAUCAUAACGACAAGGCUGGAGGCUCUGCUGGAAUUAGCCCUGAGAAUGAGCACAGCCAACACUGAUCCCUUCAAGGAUGAUUUAAAGAUUGACUUGAUGCCCCAUGACCUCAUCACACAGCUCCUGAGGGUGUUGGCCAUAGAAACAAAGCAGGAGAAGGCCAUCAUCAGUGCAGACCCCACGGAGCUCACCCUCAGCGGCCUGGAGGCCUUUUCCUUUGACUACAUUGUGAAGUGGCCCCUGUCCCUCAUCAUAAACAGGAAAGCACUGACAAGGUACCAGAUGCUUUUCAGACACAUGUUCUACUGCAAGCACGUGGAAAGGCAGCUGUGCAACGUUUGGAUCAGCAAUAAGACAGCCAAGCAAUUCUCCCUGCAUUCAGCUAAGUGGUUUGCUGGUGCUUUCACACUGCGGCAGCGGAUGCUGAAUUUUGUGCAGAAUAUCCAGUAUUACAUGAUGUUUGAAGUGAUGGAGCCAACAUGGCACAUUCUGGAGAAGAACCUGAAGCUGGCAUCCAACAUUGACGAUGUCCUGAGCCACCACACGAGCUUCCUAGACAACUGCCUGAAGGACUGCAUGCUCACCAACCCAGAGCUGCUCAAGAUCUUCUCCAAGCUGAUGUCUGUGUGUGUCAUGUUCACCAACUGCAUGCAGAGGUUCACCCAGAGCAUGAAGCUGGACAAGGAGAUGGAGAGGCUCACCCUGGAGCAUGGCACCAUGCUGGGCCCGCCCACCGAGGAGGAGCGUGCUGAGGAGGCUGCCAAGAAGAAGCUGACCAACAAGCUUUUAGCAGAGCAUGCUGACAGCCUGCACCUCACAUCUGGCUUUGAAGCCACCAUCAACAAGUUUGACAGCAAUUUCUCCACACAUCUGCUGGACCUGCUGGACAAACUGAGCGUGUACAGCACCAAUGAUUGCGAGCACAGCAUGCUCAACAUCAUCUACAGGUUGGACUUCAAUGGGUUCUACACGGAGCGCCUGGAGCACAUGUCAGCCGAGCGCAGCCAGAAGGCCCCGCCGCUGCUGCCCUGCCUGGCCGUGCCUGCCCAGUGACCCUCACCCCCAUCCAAGGCAGCUCAGCCCUCCACACCCACCCCACAACCUGCAAACAAAGCCUGCAGGGUGGCCCAGAGACACAGGGGGAUGUUCACUCUCCUGAGAUGUUUGUAAUGUUUUGGGGUUUUGUUGGCGUUUUGUUCGUUUUUUUAUUUUACUCUGUUGUACAAUGAUGUGUUUGUGU